CGGACAGAGUUUGCUGGGGUUGCCAGUGCAUGAGCGUUCACGCUUAGUGAAGACAACUUCAAACUGAUCAUCUUUGAUAAGAGAAUCGGCCGGCGGGAUUCGAACCCGUGCAGAGAUGAUCUGUCAGGCUUUAUUCACACCUGCUGCAGUUGUUUCUCUUGUUGUGUUGGCGCUGAAUGGUGUUGGAAUAUUUGCAGAAGAGGACGAGUUCAAUGUUGAGACAUGGUUGAGAAGAUAUGGCUACCUGUCUCAGGCCAGCAAGCAGAUGUCCACCAUGCAGUCAGCAAAGAUUAUGUCCACUGCUAUCAAAACCAUGCAGCGCUUCUAUGGUCUAGAGGUCACCGGACAGACGGACCCUGUCACUCUGAAAGCGAUGAGGCGUCCUCGCUGUGGUGUAUCUGAUCUAUUUGAGGUGACCAGUGACGAACACGCCAGACGGAAAAGAUACGCUCUGCAUUCCAAGACGAGCCGCAAGUGGAACAAAGUCAGGCUGACUUACAGCAUUCAGAACCACUCACCCCGCGUCGGCCAGCAGCAGUCGUACGAGGCCAUUCGCAAAGCAUUUAAAGUUUGGGAGAAGGUGAUACCCCUGAGAUUCGACGAGGUCCCUUACCAUGAAAUAAAGAAUGGCAGUACUUGGCCAGAUAUUAUCCUGCUGUUUGCCUCUGGAUACCACGGAGACAUGACACUGUUCGAUGGCGAGGGAGGAUCAGUGGCUCAUGCUUUUUACCCUGGUCCUGCCAUAGGAGGAGACACACAUUUUGAUAUGGAUGAACCCUGGACCCUCAACCAGCAGGAAGGAGCAGGUAUUGAUCUGUUCUUGGUAGCAGUUCAUGAGCUGGGGCACGCACUGGGUCUAGACCACUCCAAUGACUCAUUGGCCAUCAUGGCUCCUUUCUACCAGUGGAUGGAUACGGAGAACUUCUCUUUGAGCAAAGAUGACAUCAGAGCCAUUCAGCAGCUCUACGAAUUCCUUCCUGAGGUUGUGACCACUGAGCAUUCUCCUACCACAACAAAGCCGUACACUACAACUGAGCCCCAGACAACGCCCACCACUGCUCCUGGAAUAACCACGACAACCACUAAGAGGGCCACCAGACCACCUGAAAGAGCCACCAGACCUCCUGUGAGAGCCACAAGACCCCCAGAGAGAGCCACCAGACCACCAGAGAGAGCUACUCAGCCCUGGGUUCCUCCAGCUGCACCACGGCCCACCCGCCGGUCAGACCAGGGCCCCCCGGACAUCUGUGAUGGGGAUUUUAACACAAUUGCAUUGCUAAGGGGCGAGAUGUUUGUUUUUAAGGGCCGUUGGUUUUGGAGGGUGAGGAGAAACCGGGUUCUUGAUAAUUACCCCAUGCCUAUUUCUUUCUUCUGGGUGGGAUUGCCUGAAGACAUAGAUGCUGCCUAUGAACGUCACGAUGGAAAAUUCGUAUUUUUUAAAGGCAGUAAGUACUGGCUCUUCAGAGAGGCUGAUGUGCUACCGGGAUAUCCUCAGGAUCUGUAUCACUAUGGUCAUGGCAUGCCCGAUAAAAUAGACACAGCUGUAUGGUGGGAGCCAUCUGGUUACACCUACUUCUUCAGAGGAGACAGGUACUGGCGUUUCAGUGAGGAAAAUCGAGCCGUGGACAAAGACUACCCUCGACCUAUCAGCGUGUGGGGUUCUAUCCCCAGCUCUCCUAAAGGGGCCUUCCUCAGCGAUGACGGAGCAUACACCUACUUCUACAAAGGUGUCAAAUACUGGCGCUUCGACAACAAGCGGAUGAAGGUGGACCAAGGAUACCCGAGAUCCAUUCUGAACGAUUUCAUGGGAUGCCGCGUCCACUUCGAUCCCAGCACAGAUCCGGAUGUGAAGCCAGACCAUCGGGAGCCAGAGACGAAAGAGCGGGACAAAGACAACGACAACAACUACACAGACGACAGCGACGAUACCGACGGCGACCGCGACAACGUUGAUUUAAGCGACGGCGAAGACGACAAGGUGGAAGUGGUGUUAGAAGGCAAAGACUCUAACGACCGUGUGACGACCCUCGUCUUGGUGACGGUGCCUCUGGUCCUGGUGCUGUGCAUUCUUGGAGCCAUUUUCAUUAUCAUCAAAACUCUGCAGAACAAAGAGACUCCUAAAGUGCUGGUUCACUGUAGACGAUCCCUGCAGCAGUGGGUGUGAUGGGUACAUGCAAACACACACACAUAAGGACCCUAACACACCUCACGCUGGUCAGUGUAUCUCAGCAUCAUCUUCUCAGUGAGACUUUUUUUUUUAGCCUUCACACAAUUGUGGUGCUCUGCCCGGUUAAGACUGUUCUGAACAGAAUUUGCACUUUCAUGUCGAUUUUAUAAUGAUUGUUUCAUUUGUUCUGUGGUCGCUUUAUGUC